UGGGAUGGGAGGAAGAGUUCCACGGACAGGGCCAUCUUUGGUCGUUCUCGCCGGGUGCAAUACUCACUCCUGGAAUCGUUUUGAAUACACGAUUGUAUAAGUAAAAUUUAGCGACAUUUCGUUUUCCACAAUCAAGCGCAAGUGAUCAUCUGGUGAAAUUAGUGCAUUUACGUAUUCGUUUCUAUUCUGGUACAUUUGCGUGCAUUUCAAAAGGCAGUUGCAGGACCGGAGCAGCGGUGAUACGACAUGGAUGAGGAAUACGAUGUGAUCGUACUAGGCACCGGACUCACAGAAUGCAUUCUGUCCGGGAUCAUGUCUGUCAACGGGAAAAAAGUGCUUCACAUGGACCGGAACCCGUAUUACGGUGGUGAAAGUUCCUCUAUCACUCCACUGGAGGAGCUCUACAAGCGCUUUGGCCUUCCUGACACCCCCCCAGAAUCCAUGGGCCGAGGGAGGGACUGGAAUGUCGACCUCAUUCCCAAAUUUCUCAUGGCCAACGGCCAGCUGGUGAAGAUGCUGCUGUACACAGAGGUGACCCGGUACCUGGACUUCAAGGUGGUGGAGGGCAGCUUUGUGUACAAGGGAGGGAAGAUUUACAAAGUCCCCUCCACGGAGACCGAAGCGCUUGCCUCAAAUCUCAUGGGGAUGUUUGAGAAGAGGAGAUUCAGGAAGUUCCUGGUGUUUGUGGCCAACUUUGACGAGAACGACCCGAAGACGUUUGAGGGCGUGGACCCCAAACUCACCACCAUGAGGGAUGUGUACAAGAAGUUUGACCUGGGCCAGGAUGUCAUCGACUUCACCGGUCAUGCCCUGGCCCUCUACAGGACAGAUGAUUACCUGGACCAGCCGUGCUUGGAGACGAUUAACCGGAUUAAGCUGUACAGCGAGUCCCUGGCUCGCUAUGGGAAGAGUCCGUACCUGUACCCCCUGUACGGCCUGGGAGAGCUCCCCCAGGGGUUUGCCAGGUUAAGUGCUAUAUACGGAGGGACUUACAUGCUGAACAAGCCCGUGGAGGAGAUUGUGAUGGAGGAUGGUCAUGUGGUCGGAGUGAAAUCUGAGGGGGAGGUAAAAACACACAAAUCAGGGGAAGCGCUCUCUUUCUGUUUCCCUGUUACUUGCGUUUGUUACAGUGUUUGUUGUGAGUUCUCUUUACAACACUUUUUAAGUUUCUCGUUAAUGUACUGGUACGUGUGCUCUCCUCCGAGGUCGAGCCCGAUUGGCGGGUUGUUUGGCCGAGCUGACGAGGCUCCGCCCUCUCGCGCAGAUAUCUACGUGUGCAUGAUCUCGUACGCGCACAACGUGGCGGCGCAGGGGAAGUACAUCGCCAUCGUCAGCACCACGGUGGAGACCGCCGAGCCCGAGGCCGAGAUCGAGCCCGCGCUGGAGCUGCUGGAGCCCAUCGACCAGAAGUUUGUGGCCAUCAGUGACCUUUUUGAGCCCACUGAUGAUGGCACAGAGAGCCAGAUCUUCGCCUCCCGGGCGUACGAUGCCACCACCCACUUCGAGACCACCUGCAACGACAUCAAGGACAUCUACAAGCGCAUGACGGGCAGCGACUUCGACUUCGAGAACAUGAAGCGCAAACAAAACGACGUGUUCGGAGAGGAGGAGCAGUGAGGCGGGCGGGGCUUCUGAGAGAGGGGGCGGGGCUGCUGGGAAAGGGCGGGACAGGCACGACCGGGAUCGGGAGAGGGGCGGAGUUCAGGAUGUACGGAGAGAGGGCGUGGAUUUGGUCACAAGCUGAUAUUACCGCAAACAUUAUCAUGCUUGCCCAACAUCUCCCCCUCCCUCCAACUCCCCACACACACAUGCACACACACACACACACACCACACGCCCAUGCUUACCCACAUCCCACACAAACGCUCACACAUUCACACAGGCUCACACACAUGUACGUACACAUACGCGUGCACGCAAACACAAACACGCAUGUGCGCACGCACACACGCACGCACACACACACACACACUCUCUCUCUUCAUUACCCAGCAGCCUAAGCAGGGUUGACACUUCCGAAGGGUUUUUCAUUCCAUUAUUAAAAGCAUAAUCUAAACGUUAUUUCUGCCCGCUACUAUCGCAAAGAGCACGUACUGUCGUGACAUUUUCAACACUUGUGCAGGAACAGUUUGCGUUGAUCUCCAUGUGGUUCUAUCUUUGUUUUGCUGCUCAGUGCUUUCUGUCGGUGUCUUUGAAGCUUUGCAUUGCAAUCUGCACAAACAGUCUGACCUACACACACUCAUACACAGACACACACACGCACGUGCGCACACACACACACGUACAAACACACCACACACUCCUGAAUUCUGAAUCACCAACUGUACUUCAUUUCAGUUCAGUAUGUAUUAACUGUUAAAGAAAUAUUAAGGCAACUGUUCAACCAAGGAAACUACCAACAUUCCCUCUGUGACCCACGUUAGCAGCUAUAUGAGGAAAGUGAGAGGUUUAAUUCAGCAGAAGUCAGAACUGUGUUAGAGUUGGAAACGCGCACAGUCUCAUUAAUGAGCAUGCCUAUCGCACACACUCAGUGUCACAGGCGUACUAUGACAGUGUACUGCAGUGGGAGGGGCUAAAUGGAGGGCCAAUCAGAAGCCAGGAUCAUCCUCCCGUCACUGUGUUCUCUUAGCACGGCUUCUGUUGAUCAUGUAUAUGUCAACCCUGCUGAUUUUCUCUCCCUCUCUCUCUAUCUCCCACUCUCUCCCGCUCUCUCUCUCUGUCUCCCUCUCUCGUCUUCUUCUCCCUGUUAUUUGAACAUGUGCCCUGCUUCCUUUCUAAAAACAAAACUCUAGGCCAGUGGACACGGUGUAAAAAAAAGUUAAAAUAUAAAUAGAUUACGAGACUGCACCCUGGCCUCUCCCUCACCCCCCUUUCCCCUCCCCCUCCCCCUCAGCACCCACAAGCUAACUCUUCUCCCACAACCCUCUGCUUCUUCUGUUUGAGUGAGUUUGAGUGUUUCGCUUUUGUGCUAUAAUUUCAGGAAGUAGCGUAUUCGUACUGCAGCAGGAUGUGAGGGUGCAGAUGAGAUCAUGUCCUUCACUCGCCAGGCUUAUGAAGUUACCUGGAGGAGAACGGAAAGUAGCUUUGAGACUCUGAACGGACACUUUAAAGGGGACGGUGAAAGAGAGGAGAGGGUGAAAAAGAGGAAGAGGGUGAAAGAGGAGGGAGAGAUUGUUGAGAGAGGGAUAGGCGUGAGGGUGGCGGGCUGUUGGUUUCAAGGGGAGGAGUGAUUUUGUCCGUGGAAGGAAGGGAGUUCAAGGGGAGAAAAGGGAGGAGUUUAUGGUGCGACGAGGUCAUGUGGUGAUCAUGUGCUUUAAGAGGAAGUUGGAAAAAAGUCUUUCAUCGGGUUUUUCAUCUUUGUAAAGAAUGCAGACUGAGGUCUCAGCUGGUGAAUAAGCGUGGCGUCGGGUUCGAGUCCUGUGUUACACCUGUGUCAGACUGACCAGCCACCGGUUACUAAAAACUUACUGUUUGGUUUCUCAUGUUUUAUAUGUAGAACAGUGAGAGAUAGGGUACAGUUAACUGCUGAUCAGGAAUUGAAGGAUGGUAAAAUUGUACGUUGUCCUUUGGAGAGUGGUUUCUGGAAGGUGACGACAGUGGCAUUUAGCCGAAAUGUGGUGCCUGUUCUGUAGGAGGGUGAACCAAAUAAUUACACCCCAGUUAACACUGCAAUGAGGCCUUUGACCCAAAAAAAUAAGGUGCCAAUUUUUGAAGGCUUGCCAUUCGCUGGUCACUGAGCGAGUCCAGGCCUUAGAUUCCUCUUCACUUCCCCUGUUUUUAAUUGCCCCUGCGCAAGGCGCCCCUUCAGGUAAAGCUUGGAUGGAAAUCCUUUCGCUCUGGAAAAAAAAACAAAAAAAAAAAAACUAUGCGUCAAAAUUCAAGUAAUCUUGAGCUACAGAUGGUUCCUGUGCAAUAUAGUUCAGUGGAAUCCUGCUUCCUGAAUGUGGGCGUGUCUCCUCCGAUCCAGCCCUGGGCGGUAUGUACGAAUUAGCGCACUUGCCUACUAUUGAGUAUACACUAUUGUAUACUCAAUAGUAGGCAAGUGUGUUGACUCAGACACAGCCCAGGUCUCUGAAUCCUAAGUCCUGCCAACAUCCUUACUCAACACCUCUCCCUCCUCCUGCACCGGAGACAAGAAGUGUCUGUCAAGAUUCAGUUUGUUUAUUGGUUAAAGACUGGACUAUGAGGUGCUGUUUGAUUGGUCAGAAAGACAAGAUGGGCUCUGUAAAUUUUAGUAUGUUGACCAGAUAUUGUCUGGGAGUUGUAAUUUGAAUGGUCAGAAAGACAGGAAGUGCUCUGUCACGUGCAGUUUGAUUGGCCAGGCACUUGUCCCUCAGCCCCUCCCCUCCAAACGGAGCCCAGGCAUUGGCUGCCCCUCUUCUCGUCACUCUUGCCAGCUGUGUGGUGUGUCUUAAAGCUCUAAUUUAUUCCUGUUGUGCUGAUUCAAAUGUUUGGUGGAAGGGAGGGUAAAAGUGGAAUGGACUCUGCUGUCAUCUCUUAUUUUGAUUUAGUAAAGCUGAAACGCAGUCGGACCGAUAUUAUACAUGCAAUCUGUAGUUAGUUUUUUUCAUUUCAUGGUUUUCCUAGCAAAGUGUACAGAUGAUUUCAUUAUUACUCGUGAUUAUGAGUUCUGAUUAGACGUUCUCUAUGCUAAAAGUCUAACAUUAGCCUCGGCAUAGUCUGAGAAAUGUGUGGGUAGAACUGGACAGGGCAGUUGUAAUGAAAGAUGAAGUGAGCUAAAAGCUAUUUUAGGAAAAGGAUUUUAAGGUUGGCUCGAAAGACCUCUGCUCUUUGGUUUUUGCGUGUGUCUAAAAUGAACUAAUUAUGUUUACAUCGUUAGAUUCCACAUAUUUACUGUGUCAUCUCACAGGUCGCUCUUCUUGAAGGAUAGGGGGCUCUGUAAGGGUGUGGGUUCAGGGUCAUGACCCAUCCAAAGACCAAUAGUGACAGCAGUCAACGGACACUCAAGACAGUGUACCGAAGUGACAAGAUGCUUCACUCCGCUGUGUCGCUGCAUUGUGGAAGCUGAAAGGCUCAUGAUGAUGUCCGGAGCCUGUGAGCUCGCGUACGAGUCUACUCAGUGCGGCUGUGUUUACAAUCUUCCGCAAUCAUUCGCAACACUAAUACAUUCCAAAUUUCACCUCCUUAUGAAUAUUCAUAGAGUGUGGCUAUCGCCAGAACUGUGCAAUCGGUAGAGCGGAACUCUUUGGCCGGGACAGGAAGGAGUGUAGAGUGUGGGAUCUUGCCAGUGAAUAACUGUCGUCAUCACUGAGGAAGAGGCAGCCCCAGCCUCGGAAGCCCACCGUGAUUCCCUAAUUGGGUAUCGUGGAGCUACUGUACCUGACCAGGCAAAAGACACAGUGAGAGUUCAUCCAGAUACACACAAGACGGAGUGGGAACCUGUCUCACCUUAUCCACUUCCCUCCUGCACAGAUACACACACCCACACCUGCCCACUCACACCACCACACACCUACCUGGACCAGGCCACCUUUGAAUUGAAGCUCCUAGUUUUUGGUUCUCUGUUGGUCAGUGGAAUAAUUCUGAAGUGGCAGAUCUGUACUGUACUGUGCAAUUUUAAUGUUUUCAGUGACUUGUGUGGGGCUCCUGCUGUGGGACUGGAGUAGUUAUGCCUUUAUUUAACGAGCAGAGCAAAGUUUUGGGAUUGUCCUUCUUGUUCACUAACGUAUCUUUUCCCUGAUCACAUUUAUUUAUUUGAUUUUUUUUUUAAAUAUUUGUUUUUGUAUUUUAGUAUGAUUUUAUUUUUGCUCUUUUGAAGGAUAAUGCAGAAAACAUCAACAACAGACGUAUCUCUUUAAACUGUCGUAACUUAUUAUUCGGACUGACAAGUAGCUGGCUUGUGGUCAAUUAUUCCAACACUAGUAUGUGAACAGUACCUAAUGUCUUGUGCGAAAAAGAAAUUUAAAAAAAUGGAAAAAGAAAUAAAAAUGAAAUAAAAAGGCACAUGGCAAAAAUGUCAAA